AUGUGUUCUACUUUGUUUCUCUUUUUCAUUCUCGGUCUCGUAGUGCUAUUGCUGGCGCUGCAGUGCGAACUUCCCUGUAAACGGGCGGUACAUGGUCUGCAGCUAACCAAACUAACGAGAAGAGACCCACGCGGAGCCGAUCCCUGUGCAGGCCAAAAUUUCCGACCUCGAAACCUUGCAGAGCCAUACUUCUGCCGUGUAAAUGACUCGCCCUGCCUCCGAGUCUUUCUUGACUCUGAUUGUGCAGAGUCCGUGCCUCCGGCAGCAUACAAAAACUCAGUUAAAAAGGUGUAUCUCAAAACCUUGCGGAGCCAACCAGCAUGGCAUUCACUAGCCGAGGCAAACAACGCGUCACUGACUCACUCGACAUUGUUCUUCUUGACGUCACAAUUACACCUUGCAGAGCUAUGGGAGGAACCAUUUUGGGUGGAGGGUCAGCCUUGGAAGAUAAGUGCCGAAUUGGGAGACUUUGGCAAAAUUGUCUGA